CCAACAUUCCAGUCAACAACGAUGUAAGUGGGAUACUCGCAGCCAUGCAUGCACUCAGUGCUCACAUCAUUGGGGUCUACAUCCCGUUCAUCCAUGCUCGCUCGGCCUUUUCCGUAGUCCUAGUACCCUCGAGCCCGUCGAGAAGGCCUCUGUGACUCCAAGAUCAACAACAGCCACGGCCGAGUCCACGGGACCGUCCUCGUCGGCGGUUCGAGGGCCUUGCAUCCCGCCGCGCGGCCCAGGGCCGAGCAACAAGGCCGCGCGGAACAUGAAGAAUGUGGGGCAAGCAGGAGACAUGCAGAACACGAGGACCGCGCAGCGACUCGGAGGAGGACGCGAGGAGACCACGAAGAGGAAUGAGGAGGAAGGGUACGGUGUGUACAGGCAGAACGAACACAGAGGCUCGAUACUGCCAGUGAAAGGUACGUCCUCGCCGAACGCACCUACCUCGCUGCCACCCUUCCUGUGUAUCGGCGAACGAAACGUUCGCCGUGCGCACUGCGGUUACGUCGAUUGCGUGGACGUGCCCGGGAACAACCUCAAAGUUGUCUUCUGUUCAACAUGCGGCGAUACGACGGACACGCAUCGCUGCACGUCCGAUGUAUCCCCACCUCGCCCUGUCUCUGCGCCAACAGACGUAUCUACGAAUGCGGAGCUCGUAGUGCCGUACUGUUGGCCACGAUGACUGCACGACCACGCUCCUGGAACAACCCAAUGGUCGUAACCGCUACUGCCCGCCUGUUCCUGUCUACCCAAUAUCCCGCUCGCUUAUGUAUACAUGCCCGCCCACUCGCUCGGCUGUACCUACAUCCCGUCGCUGCUCGCGUAUGUAGGCAUGUCCGCCCGCCCAAUUGACCGCUCGCCUAUCCUAACUAGCAUGCCAGUCUAAGCCUGUAGAUUUCGUAAACAUAAUUGUUUGUAAUGAUUCGUAUUGGAUGAUUUGUAUUGAUCUAAU